GCCAAGACCCCAUAGUCCGAAUCCUCUUUCCCUUCAAUUCUCGUUCCAAUUCCACCACAAUGUUUGGCCGCAAUAUUUUCUCUCAGGUACAUUGAAGUUUUGUUAAUUUUACUCCCACUACUAGUCUACUAGUUGAUUUUGAUGCUGUGUUUGAAAGCUCGCCCUCUCUUUCCCCUUACUUUCUCUUCUUCCAAACGCCUGAAAAGACCCUUCACUUUAUCUACCAAAACCUCUAAAUCCUCGGUCACCAUGUCCAUCAUUGAGCAUGUGGUUCUUCUCAAGGUCAAAGAUGACACGGACCAGGCAAAGGUCAACUUGAUGCUCAACGGCCUUAAUGGCUUGGUCUCUCUUGAUCCUGUCCUUCACAUCACUGCUGGUCCCGUCCUUCGCACCACAUCUCCGAUCUCCAAUUUUACCCACAUGCUCCAUAGCCGUUACAAGUCCAAAGAGGAUUUGAACACCUAUUCCGCACAUCCUGAUCACCAGCGUGUGGUCAAGGAAAACGUCCUCCCCAUCUGUGAUGAUGUCAUGGCUGUUGAUUGGGUUGCUGAUAUUGAUCCUGCCAUUGUCCCCGCCCCUAGUUCUGACAUCAAAGUAACCUUCCUGAAACUAAAAGAGAAUGUUACCGAUGACGUGCAAGGUGAGAUUUUAGGGGUAAUUAAAGGGAUUAAGGAGGGGAUCUCUGGUAUUCAACAUAUCACUUGCGGGGAGAAUUUCUCACCUGCAAGAGCUAAGGGCUUUUCACUUGCCUCAGUUGCUGUCUUUGCUGGAGUUAAAGAAAUGGAGGCAGCAGAGGGAAAUGAAGAGUAUGUGAACCUACAGAAGCAGAAGGUUAGGGAUUACCUGGAUGGUGUCAUUGUUGUUGAUUAUGUGGUGCCAACUUCGUCGCCAUCGAGUCUUUGAUAGAUUAUUAACUACAAAUAAAAUCUUGUUUCUUGUUUAAUGGAAGCUUUUGGAACAAUAUUUAACAUUGAAUAAUUAUGAGACGGAUCGAACUUGGUUGCAAGGUUUUGCAUGGCUAUCUUGAAUGUAUCUUUUAUUUGGAACCAUUGCUUUGUAUUAUAGCAUGCUAAUGCUUGUUUUCUUUUCUUCGUUUUGGAUAAUAAGUAUGUUUGAUUGAGGAUUGAAAUCAUACUGAGUAUUAUAACUCGCAACAAAUUUUGGACAUAAUUCCUGGAAGACACUGUUGUGAGGAAAAAGUCAAUUGGUUGACUUGUUUUAUUUUGGUAUCCUGAAGUUGGUCAGUAGACUUCACGAGUUUCAGCAGUUUGCCUCAUCCAAAUUCAUAGCAUUGGCAACUCUUCAAUUCCUAUGCUUCAGAGGUACAAAUAUCGGUUAGGAACAGAACAAUUCAACCUUACACACCGCAUUGGAAACAAUUAAAACUUUCCUUUUAUAAAUGAGAGCCAAAGAUGAA